AUGAAAGCUAAAAAACAUGUAAAAUUUGAAUUACCACAUGUUAUUGUUAAUAAUAAUAAUAAUAAUAAUAAUAAUAAUAAUGAUAAUAAUAAUAAUAAUAAUAAUAAUACUUCUUCUACUGUUAUUCGAUCACGUUUUCAUAUUAAUAAUAAUGAUAAUAAUGGUAAUAAUAAUAAUAAUAAUAAUAAUAAUAAUACAACAACAACAACAUCAUCAUCAUCAUCACUAUUAUUAUCUGAUACUAAUAAAAAAUUUGAUCGAAAUGAUCCUAAAUUUCCAACAAUUCUUCGUAUUCCAUCAUUGCAACGAAAAAUUCGAAAUGAUAUUGGAACUAUAUUAAAUAAAAGCUGUAAUUCAUCAAUAAAUAAAACAAAAUUAUUAUUAUCAUCAUUAUCAUCACCACCAUCAUCAUCAUCAUCAUCAUCAACAUCACCAUCAUCAUCAUCAUUUCUUAACAAUAUUCGAUCAAAACGAUUCAUAUCAACAACACCAACAACAACAACAACAACAGCAUUUUCUCCAACUACUAAUAAAAUUAAUGGAUAUUUAACCCGAGCUAGAAUUUCCUCGGUAACUUUUCCAUCAAUUUCUGGAAAUCGAAGAGCAUACAUCACUUCACGUAUUCCCUAUACUGAUAAGCUAUCAUCAACUUGUCAAUCAACACGAAUAAGUUUACAAUUAACAAAUUGGAAUCCGACAUAUUUACGAUCAAAAAUAUCACCACCAAUUGAUAUAAAUCGAAAAUUUUGCGCUAUUUAUCCAGAAGAAUGUCAAAAUUCUCAAAAGCCUAUGCGACAAUCAGUGAUAAAAACAACGGAUUGUAAUCAUUUGAAUGGUCAAAAUUUGAAUUAUAAAAUGGAAAUGUUACAUUCAAAUAUUCCACAGAAUAAAAUUUUCUCAAUCAAUCAACAUCAUUCAACAUUUCCCAAUACUGGCAUAUCAUGUGAUAAUCAGCUUGAUUGGAAUGGUAUAAUUAAAAUGGAUUAA